GAAGUAAAACAAAAAAAAAUUCUGUGCGUUGUGUUGUGAACGUGAAAAAAAAUAUAAGGAAAAAGCAGAAAAGAAACGCCAAUUAAUUGAAGAAAAUUGUGCAAACAAUUAAAUUUUACAACGUGUUUACAUAAACGUGUGUGAAUUUUUUUUUUACUAAUUUCUUUGCGGAAAAUAAAAACAACAAAAAUUUUGGGUAGAAUUGUGAAAAAAAUUGAUUGUUAUUACUCUCAUAAUCAAUGCCGAACCUAAUCAGACGUUGAGCAGGGUUAGCAGCAGACAUAAAUUGAUUGAGAUCGUACCGAGCAAGACGAUGAAAAUUUUCAUGAAUUUACUCAUUGAAAGUAACUAGAUGGAAGUGAAUAGAACGAUAUAAAUACUACGAUACACAAGCAUUACCUGUCACAACGGUCAUAUCAGGUGUAAAUAAAGUGUUUUUCGGGAGAUAAAAGGAAUAUUAUCUGAACUAAUCAAUUUUUUCUGUGCGGCCAAAAAAAAAAGUCUGUUCGGUAUUUUAUAAAAGUAAAGGCGCAAAGCGGGGUGUAUAGAGAGGUUUUUCUAGUGUGACACAAUAGAUAACAGGAGAAUAAUAAUAUAAAUAAUAAUAAAAAUGUACACAUUAAGUGGAAAUAAAAUGUUAUCAAUUGAUUUUCUAAUGUUACUGAUACUAUUGCUCGUGAUAAAAACAAUUAAUGCAUCAACAUUGCCAUUAUUGCCAUUGUCAUCAUCGACACUCAAUGAAUUAAAUAGCAAUAACAACAAGAAUAAUAAAUGUGAGGAGAUAACGAUCAAAAAUUGUCCGGAAUUGAAAUAUAAUCACACCAUGAGCACAUCAGUCGAUGCUAUCGGGCAUAAUCGAAUGGAUAUCAAUGAUGCUAAUGAAAUGCUUAAUAAAUUGGCACCAGUCUUUGACAUAGCUAGCAACAGUCAAUGCUCUCGGCAGAUGCGAUUCCUGAUAUGCUCAACACUCUUUCCAUUCUGUUCCGAUGACAUUUUACAGCCAGUUCUUGCAUGCCGGAAUGUUUGUGAGAAAGUUAAGAGCGAAUGCUCAAAUGAUCCAAUUGUGAAGCAAUUCUGGCCUGAUUUUUUGGAUUGUGAGCAAUUGCCACAGAAUGAAAAGAGGGAUUUAUGUCUCAAUAUGCCAAAUGAGCUAAUCGCAGAAGGAUCUACAGCUACUGCAUCGGAUAGUACAACUGAAAUCCCAGAUGAUGACAAUGAUGAUGACACAAAGUUCCAAAUCAAUCACAUAUCUCACUCAACAAUUUGGAAAAUUAUCCAAACACGCAGUCAAGUUUCAACGCUUUCGACCUGUCCAAAGAACUUUACAUUAAAUGAGCGCGGCAAUUGUGUCUAUAAAUGUGGCGCUGAUGCUUUUUACUCGAUUCAUCAGAAGAAGAUUGUUGAGACUUGCAUUUUAGUCUUUUCCGUACUAUGCUUCAUAUUUACAUUAUUUUCGCUUAUCACAUUUUGGACGGAAUCUACGAGAUUCAAGUUCCCGGAAAGACCCGUCUUGUUCCUGACAUUAUGCUACAAUCUCCUUAGCAUUUGCUAUUUAUUGAAAAUCUUCUAUCAAAAAUCAACAAAUAUUCCUGAUUAUGCUGAUGAAAUGAAUGACUUUAACGGUGGCUUGUCAUCAAUUAAAACAACAGAACUUGGUUCAGCACAGUGCAUCAUUAAUUCCCAGUGCCUCGCAUAUUUUAUAAUAAUUAAUUAUCUCAUUUUGAGUGCAUCAUUUUGGUGGCUCAUAUUUGGUCUCUCAUGGUGGUUAAGCACAGCAAAACAAUGGAGUCCUGAAGCACUCGAAAGGAAGUCUGGAUUAUUUCAUGUUUUUGCAUGGCUCCUACCACUCGCAUCACCAAUUGCAGCACUGCUAUUUGGUGCAAUCAAGAAGACUGAAUUGACAGGAAUGUGCACAGCAGUUGGAUUUACAGAAAUCCCAUCGUUCAUUCUACUUGUCAUGGGUGCAAUUUUCAUCAUUUUAUCAGCACGAUCACUUCGGUCGUUGAGGACAUCAUGGAAGAAUAAUAAAUUGUCACAAGUCAUGAGUCGAAUUUUGAUGUUUGGCACAAUUUUUGUAACGCCAGCCAUUGCUGGAAUUGUACUCAUGUUUAUCGACUAUGACAACGAACUACCUCCAUGUUUACCCGGCGAGACUUGCUAUUUGCCCGAGAAGAGAUCAAUAAACAUUACAAUUAUCAGAUAUGCAUGCCUACUGCUGGGUGGUGUAAGUGGAAUAUGGGUAUGGUCUAAAAAGACAUGCAUAUCAUGUCGGAAAAAGAUAACAACCGUACAAUACUCAAAUCCAUCGCCACAAACGACAAUUGAGAAUAUAAAUGGAAUGUCAAAUAAUAAAUAUAAUACAUACAAAUAUGUCAACUCAUUACACAAAAGUCUCCUUAAUAAUAAUUAUCAUAAUCAUUAUCAUCAAAAGAAAUUCAUUAGUGGUGUACAUCGAACGAAUCAUUAUCACAUUGACUGGAUACCUCCACAGAAUCGCAUUUAAACAUUUUUUUUAAUUGUUUUUUCAUGGUUAACUCCCGACCUAGGCAUGCAGUGUGGGGUAGUUGGUUGUUAUUUCUUUAAAAGAAGCAAAAAAAACUCUUUUUAGUCAAUUGUGAGGAACAAAAUAGAAAAGAUCAAAUAUUGGCGGGUACGGGGCAUUUUUAAGGAUGUCUUCAAUUGAAAUUUUGCUAAAUGCUUCACAGAAGCUUAGUUGCAGACUUAUUUUGAUGUAAUUCAAAUUUUAAUGCAUGACCAUGUUCAGUACCUCCAACAAAUGUGAAGCUGUAACAAAUUUUCUAUCAAAAAAAUUGAAAAUUGAAAAAAAAAAUAUGAAAAACUAAAAGAUUGUGAUCAUUAGCGUGUAAGAACACUUUAGGUUUGUAAUAAUUAUAUUGUUAGAAUAUUAAGGACGUUUAAUAAUAAAAAA